UGGUUAUAUUUCCGUAUACCGUAGCCUUAGGCCCAAGACGUUCCCUUGUGAGUUUGGACUCUUGCUACCCCAUGUCUAUGGAGUAUAGAGAAAGAUACAGAACACGAUUGUCUCUCGCUCGCUAGUGUUGUUCUUCCGUGACUGUGAACCGUAAGCUGCGCAGUCUCUGAAUCAACUCCUAUGGCCGGUGAAAGCAAACCCAACGUCAAGAGCAAGAAGAGGAGGCAGCGUUAUCUUCCCCAUAAUAAACCCGUAAAGAAGGGUUCCUACCCAUUACGACCUGGAGUUCAGGGUUUCUUCCUCACCUGUGAUGGCGGUAGAGAACGCCAAGCCACUAACGAGGCCAUUAAUGUCAUUGAUAGCUUCUAUGAGGAGCUAGUCCAUGGAGAAAGCAUGUGUGUGCAGCGUGCAGUGCUUCCAAAUAAGCCCAUGAAUAAAAUAACUAAAUUUUCAGAUUCUGAUUCUUCAAGUGCAGAGGAUGGUGAUGACAGUGAUGAGGAUAAUGAGUCAGAUCCUCAUAAAGAGGAUGACACAAAUUGUGAAAAUCCAGAAAUAAAAAAAUCUGAUGCUCAGAAAGAAGAUGCUGCAAAUCAUGAAAAUGAAGCAAAUGAAGAGUCAGGUUCUGCAAGUCAAGCAAAUGAAAAAUCAGAUCCUCAAAUAGAGGACCAUGCAAGUCAUGAAAAAGGAAAUUCUGAUCCUCAUAGGGAGGAAACUGGUAAUGAUGAAAAUCAGUCAAAUGAAAUAGUUGAGGCACCGGCAAAAAAACAACGCCUAGAUACUGAGACAUCAAAAUGUGAAAAUGCAGUCUGUUACAAAAAGGAAGAAAAAUCCAUUGAUAAGCUAAUUGAAGCUGAACUCAAAGAGCUGGGUGAUAGGAACAAGAGGCGUUUUGUCAGUCUUGAUUCAGGUUGUAAUGGAGUUGUCUUUGUCCAAAUGCAUAAGAGAGAUGGGGACCCUAGCCCCAAAGAGAUUGUUCAGCACAUGAUGACAUCAACUGCUUCCACUAGGAAACAUGUUUCAAGGUUCAUCUUGCGAGUAUUGCCAGUUGAAGUUACAUGCUAUGCUUCAGAAGAGGAAAUCUCAAAAGCAAUCAAACCUCUUAUUUCCCGAUACUUCCCAGCAGAUGCUCAGAUGCCACAGAAAUUUUCAGUAUUAUAUGAAGCACGUGCAAAUAGUGGCAUUGAAAGGAUGGCAAUUAUAAAUUCAGUUGCAAAAUCUGUUCCUGGACCCCACAAAGUGGAUCUUAGUAACCCAGAUAAGACCAUUAUAAUUCAAAUAGUGAAGACAAUGUGUUUGAUUGGGGUCGUUGAAAAGUACAAGGAGUUAUCUAAAUACAAUCUGAGGCAGCUCACAUCCCCAAAGCCGUAGCUUUAUGACAUUUCAAAUUUGAAAUUAGUUGGUUUCUUCAAGUUUGAAUAAACUGUAGGAAACCCUUUCCCCGGUUAAUUUUACGAGUGAUAACUUAUGAUUGCAGUCUGUGUGCAUGUAAGAGUUAAAGAAGGUAUAGGACUUGGGGAGCAAAAAAAAUUACAAAUACAUCUAAAUUUUAUAAAUAGACAUGCAAGCCAAACGUUUUAUCUGAAUUUUGAUUUGUAGCCCUGUAAUUGGCAUGCUAGAACUCUCCACUUAUUGAAAAUUAGAGUUGUCUUUUGAUCUUAUCCUUUGAGAAACUAUUGCAAUGUUAUCAUUUAUGAUGAUAUUUAGGGAAAGUUUUAGUCGCCA